GGCUGCCCGAUGCGGAGAAGGCGGGGUUUCGCUCUGUGUAGCGGUGAGCGCGGUUUCCUUCUGCGCCUUCUGUUGCUGCCUUGGGUGCCAGGGAAGUGAGGCGUCGAGAGUCUCUUUUCCCGGAGGAGAGCGCCUUCCUCGAGGGCUUCGGAGGGGAGCCUGAGCCAUGCCGAACUCGCGACCCAGACCCCGGCGGGGGGGUGGCGCAGGUGCGGCCGGCCGGGAUCGGCUGGUGGCGCGGUCCUUGCAGAGCGCUGAGCACUGCCUGGGCGCCCGGGACUUCGGCACUGCCUAUGCUCAUUACCUCCUAGUGCUCAGCCUGGCGCCGGAGCUCAAAGACGACGUGAAGACCAAAGGAGCAAAUGGAAAUUGUGGACAGUAUGGGAGAGUCAUACCAGCAAGUGUUGUUAUAUUUGGGAUGGCAGUAGAGUGUUCAGAGAUACGAAGACAUCAUAGGGUGGGCACUAAGGACAUUGCUGGUGUCCAUUUGCCAGCAAGUGUGAAAUUUCAGAGCCCAGCCUCCUCUUCUGCAGAAACUGGAGACGCAGUUGAACCAUAUACAACUGAGAAGAUGAGUCGGAUCCCUGGAGGGUAUUUGCCUCUGACAGAGUGCUUUGAAAUUAUGAAAGUGGAUUUCAGCAGUCUUCAGGUGCAGGGAAUCCAAGGCUCAGAGGGUUGAUCCUCUUGGUGUAGUCGGGGUCACAGUUCCAGGCACCCCAGAGGUCACUCGGUGUUCCUGGAGGUCGCACAGCGCUCCCUGUGUUGUUCUGCAAUACUGGGGUUCUUUGGGCCUGCUAUCUGAGGUAUUUUUAAGUACAACACAAUUUGGUGAAGUUUCCUGGUGGUAAUUCAUUCAAUCUCAUGUGCACAGCACAGCUAAAAACAUGAGCACAUCAAAACUCUGUGUUAAGUACAAAUGCCAUCUUCUAUAAAGAUGGAUUCUAUAGAUUAUCUGAAAAAACAAGUUUGAGAUAAGGGUCUGGGUGAGGAGCUGGUGUAUUCUCUGCCACAUAGGUAUCUCAAAGGUCA